CCCCGCCCGCCGAGGCCGCCUUCCCUCACCGUUCUGCGCGCCGACCGGCGUCGGCCAGAGGCUCCCCGCCGUGGCCAGGAGGAGCGAGAGGGCCGCGGGCAGGGAGGCCGGGCCCCGCAGCAUCGUCCCGGAAGAGGAUCACUGUUUCUCUUGACCAUGUGCCCCAACACUGGCGGGUCUCCUGGCUCCCAGAAUUCUUCCGUUGCAAGGAAACUCUGUGUCCAGUUGCUGCUUCUGGGCUCUCUCCUGCCCACCUGGCUAGGAGCCGUGGAAAUCAAGGUCUCUGAAGACCCCGUGGUGGCCCUCGUGGGCCAUGACGCUAUUCUCCCCUGUUCCUUCUCGCCAGAGGCCAAUUUCAGCCUGAACGACCUCAGCCUUUUCUGGCAGGUGACAGACACCAACCAGCUGGUGCACGGCUUCACGGAUGGUCAGGAGCAGCCGGCGUACCAGGGCAGCACUUACGCCAACCGCACCGCCCUCUUCUAUGACCAGCUGGCCCACGGCAACAUGUCCCUGCUGCUGCGCCGAGUACAGAUCUCCGACGAAGGGAGCUUCACCUGCUUCGUCAAAGUGCGGGACUUCAGCCGGGCAGCUGUUACUCUGCAAAUGGCAGCUGUCUACUCCAAGCCGAACAUAAAUUUGGAACCCAGCAAGAACCUGAAGCCGGGUGACCUGGUCAAAGUGAGAUGCCACAGCUUUUCGGGGUACCCUGAAGCUAUUGUGCUCUGGCAAGAUAGCCACGGCAACAACAUCACUGAGAAUAUCACCACCUCCCAGGUGGCCAAUAAGCAGGGCCUCUUUGAGGUCCAGAGUACCCUCCAGGUGAUGCUUGAACCUAACAGCACCUACAGUUGCCUGAUCAAGAAUCCUUUGCUUCAACAGUUGACCCACGCUUCCGUCACCAUCACAGGACAACACCUUCUGUUUCCAGCAGUAGCUCUCUGGGUCACGGUGGGGCUGUCCAUUUGCCUUGUCAUCCUCCUGAUCGUCCUGGCGUACGUGUGUCAGAAGAAAAUCCGGCAAAGUUGCAAAGAGGAGAAAGCGAAAGCCGGUACAGAAGAAUUGAAUGAUGGAGAAGGUUCCAAGACAGCCUUGCAACCUCUGAAAAACAUGGAUGCCAAAGAAGAUAUGGCUGAAGAAAUUGAUUGACAAUAAGGGAGGGCAAAGCAAUAGCCACUUCUCAAGGCUGAAGUUGUCAAGCCAACUCCUCAGAUCUUCCUCCAGCAUCGACAAUAGAAGGUGCAAGAGGGAAUUGCCUGGUGUUCUUCCUUGAAGCCUACAACUCAAAACCUACAGAUGCCUUCUUACAGAUUCUUGCCUUCUCCACAGACCUGGCCCUCCCACCGUGGACUUAGAAAGAGGCUGGAACUCAACUUAGUAAUAGUAAUAGUAAUAAAGUUGGAAGGGAUCUUGGAGGUCAUCUAGUCCAACCCCCUGCUCAGGCAGGAAACCCUACACCAUUUCGGACAAAUGGCUGUCCAGUCUCUUCUUAAAAACUUCCAGUGUUGGAGCAUUUACUUACUCCUUGCCAGCUCUAUCCUUGCCCCAAGGUUGACAUGGACAAGGCCCUUCUUCACCCAACACAUCGAAGACUAUUUAUUUUCCUCCCCAUUGGCCUUACAGGGCCAAAAAUGAUCUCUGUCUGCCCCGUGAUCAUAAUUUGGAUCCACACGAAGAUCCCACAAACAGGGUAGAGAACAUAUCCAGCUCAGCGCUUCUAUGGUCGUUCUUGUCAUCUUCUACCUGCAGUUUUUUUCCCCAUGAGGAUUCACCCACUGGAUUUUAUGCCACUUCAUCUGGGAACAGUUUUCCUUUCUCGUUGCAGAGUUUUUACCUUCUCCAAGAUGCAAAAUUAAGUCUGGGAUUUGGCCAAGAGACCAUCUCAUUAUCUCUGGCAUCUCAAGAAAGUGUGUCUGAAACUAUUUUCUACUGGAAACUUCCAAAAACUGUGGCCAUCAGAGAGGGCAUAAGUGAAAUGGAUGCAUAAUCUAACGUCUUCUUUUUAUAGUCAUCGCUACAAACAUUAUAAAGAUUAGGAAUAGGAUUCUUUUCUCUCUCUUUUUUUUCUUUUUACAAAAUAACUUGGGGGGGGGGGGAAUAACAGAAGUGCCUUUGAGCAGUUUUGGGAAUCGCCUUCCAGCGAGAGACACUUGUGAUGCACAAAGAAAACCUCACAGGGAAUUGAUUGUAUUCUUCCUGCAAGCUUUCUUUAAAACAAUUAAAACAUCAACAACCAACGGA